AGAGUGGUCCCGGGUGAGCUGCGUAACGAGCGUAUCACCGGGCUGCGUAAGACUCACAUACAUAACACAGGGAGGAGACAGACGUGUUCCAUCAGAUAAAAUUCCUUUUUUGAUUGGAUUAGUCAGACUGUGACCGUGUCACCCCUGAAGUCGACUGGAAAUUAACUCCGGGGAUAAAUGUCGCUCAAGGUGCUUGUACGUGCGUUGCCAUUCACUACAGCAAAAGUCUGACCCAAACAGACUCGAAUCAGGAUACGCAGCUUUCCCAUUGGCUCUCGAGCAGCGCAGUUAAGGUGUAUCUGGAUCACAGUUUCACGGGACAGGGUUGCAUGCAUCACCGCCAAGAAAGUGCCUUGUGUGGGAGCCGUGCAGUUAAGAGACUUGGAGGAUGGAGGUGGCAGCAGUGGAAGAACACGAUGGUGUUCAGGAGAAUGGAGGCUGCCACACCAAGGCCAAAGCUACGCGCUACACUUCCUGCUCCAGCCUCAAGAUGUUCCUUGUAGCUCUGUCUUUUGCCUAUUUUGCGAAGGCUCUGUCUGGGAGCUACAUGAAGAGCACAAUAACACAGCUGGAGAGGCGCUUUGACAUCCCCAGUUACCUGAUAGGUGUCAUUGACGGGAGCUUUGAGAUAGGUAACUUGCUGGUGAUAGCAUUUGUCAGUUACUUUGGGGCCAAGCUCCAUCGGCCAAAGAUCAUCGCAAUGGGCUGUGUGCUCAUGUCCGUGGGCACCUUCAUCAUCGCACUGCCACACUUCAUCAUUGGCCGCUAUGAGAUUGAGACGUCAGUGCGGUGGCUAGCUAACUCCACGCGUAACCCUGCUCCAUGUGCACUGGGCUCUGCAGACACAGCCCAGGCUAGACAAAUACCAGAUGUGCCACAUAAAGGCUGUGAAGGAGAGUCCAACCUGUCUAUGUGGAUCUAUGUGCUGCUGGGAAAUGUACUCCGUGGAAUAGGAGAAACACCCAUCCAGCCUUUGGGCAUCUCAUUUAUAGAUGACUUUGCCACUGAGGAGAAUGCUGCAUUGUAUGUCGGCUGUGUGCAGACCAUUUCAGUGGUUGGCCCGGUCUUUGGCUACCUCUUAGGCUCCCUUUGUGCCAAGAUCUAUGUGGACAUUGGAUUUGUAAAAAUGGAGACAAUCACCAUCACCCCAGCAGAUGCUCGCUGGGUGGGGGCCUGGUGGCUUGGAUACCUCAUUGCAGGAGUGAUAACUCUCCUGUCUGCCAUUCCCUUCUGGUUUUUGCCCCGCUCUCUGCCUGUGUCUGAGGGCCGCAGUCCAGAGAAGCACCCACCAGAGCAAACCAGCUUCAUUAAGAAAUAUCAAGCAGAGGAACAUAGCAGUUUUAUAGAAAUGGCCAAAGACUUCAUCCCGACCCUGCGUACACUGCUGGGCCACCCUGUCUAUCUGAUUUACCUGUGCGUGACAAUCAUUCAGCUCAACUCCCUCAUUGGCAUGGUCACCUACAAACCCAAGUACAUCGAACAGCAUUUCAGGCAAUCUGCUUCAAAGGCCAACUUCCUAAUGGGUGUAAUCAACAUUCCCGCUGUGGCUCUGGGCAUGUUCUCUGGAGGUCUGCUCAUGAAGAGGCUCAAGCUCAACAUCAUGGGAGCGGCGCACUUUGCCUUCAUCACAUCCCUGAUUGGCUACAUCCUCUCACUCUUCUUCUUCGCCAUGAGCUGUGAGAACGCUAGGGUUGCCGGGGUGACACUACCAUAUAACAGUGAGGAUGGUUUAUCCUAUGACAAACACUCAGUGUUUGAGAGCUGUAACCUGGGCUGUUCAUGCUCGCCCAGUGAGUGGGACCCAGUCUGUGGAGACAAUGGCGUCACAUACGUGUCUGCCUGUCUGGCCGGCUGCACCAGCUCUAUAGGGUCAGGAAAAAGCAUGGUCUUUUCUAACUGUAGCUGUAUUGGUGUGGCUGGUAACUUUACAGCCAGUGCAGGUCCGUGUGACGACAAGGACGACUGCGACCGUAUGUUCCCCUAUUUUCUGGCUCUGUCCGUCAUCACGUCCUUCAUCAUCUCCCUGGGCGGCACACCGGGCUACAUGCUGCUCAUCAGAUGUAUUAAACCACAACUGAAGUCCUUAGCUUUGGGUUUCCAUGCUAUGGCAACACGUACACUUGCAGGGAUCCCAGCCCCUAUUUACUUUGGAGCCAUCAUUGAUACAACAUGUCUUAAAUGGGGUCAGAAGAGGUGUGGAGGAAUCGGAGCUUGUCGAAUAUAUAAUACCACAGCGUACAGAAUAGCAUACUUGGGCCUGACCCUGAGCCUGCGUACCAUCUCCUUUGUCAUCUGCAUCCCCGGCUUCAUCCUGCUUGGCCGACAGCUGAAACAAGAAGAGAGGAACGCCCUCCAUAGCUCCAUCACCAACGGUGGGGCGGAGCUAGAAGCACUAAGGAAGGAGGAAUUAGUGAUUUCCAAUUCAGAGCAGUCACAGAGGAUAGCAGACAACGGAACAGACAGAGAGACACGGCUGUGAGAAAUGUGGACUUCUUUCUUUUAUGAACCAAAACCAGUGUUCAUAAGAAUAACUAAAGUGCACACAGGCACAAAUGCAUUGCAGGGAAUUAUAUGUCACUCUCAAUAUCUGAUAAUAUAAAGCAUAGGUUCUAUAUUUGUACUGGAUUUGUGAAGGCUUUAUAAGAAUUUAUGACUGAAAUUAAUGUUUCUAAAAUAUUUCUUGAAUGUAUAUGUGCAUAUCUAAGUAAAUCGUUUUAUUUUCACUUUCGAUGAUGGCACAGGAGUUUUGAUGGGACUUCUGUUUUGUGUAGAGUACUGUAGGACAAAGAAAGAGUACUGUAGAGUACUGCAGGACAAAGAAAGUUUUCAUUCUUGGCACCAACAUUUACUAAACUGCCUCUCAAUGAUUCUGUGUGUUAUUAUUUAUGUUACAUAUUUUAUUUUAUGAAGACAACUUUUUUCUUCCUGGUAUGUUCCCAUAACACCUGAAAAGUGACCUUAUAACAUGGAGGCGCAUUUAUUGAAACACAAAAAGUGAACAGAAAUAAGGCUAGAAAGAGUAGGGGUAAUACAGUAUGACCACUGACUGAGUACAGAACAUCCUUUAUGUCAGUGGGGCCGCCAGUGAUUUUAAUGCAAGUGUAAAUGUUUUAUGGAAAAUGGUUGGUCUGAUAUUAGUGCCUCAUUCACUCAACACUUACCUCUUUACUAUAUUAUGCACUGUCUGUGAUGCCAAUAGAACAGAGCAAACAAGUUUGAAAAAAGUUGUCUUUUUUAAUUUAAAUUGACAGCCUAAAAUUGUGCGUCUUUGAAGACAUUUUUGUUAAGCCAUGUGACUGAGUGUAAUACAGCUUUUCUGUAGUGGUUUUGGUAAAUUAUUUAGUGUUUUUGUUGUGUUCAUUAUCUGACAGUAGAGCAUGUUAAAUUGUACUUGACCCCCGUUUUGCAGUCCAAAUACAGCACUUCCGUCAGCUCAUAAAGUCCUAUAUUCAAAUGCUCAAGUACAUCUAUGUAUAUUUUCAACAGCACAUAAGUGUUAAGUUAGUUCAGUGCUCUACAGGUUGGGAGUAGCCAUGUCACCAGCCAUAGUUGUUGGUUGUCUUUUGUACUGGGUUUGAUGUAUUAACGUCUCAAAGUUCCACUGUGCCAAAUCUACAGAAUAUAGAUAUUCUGGUCUGUAGCCUGCUAAGGUAGUCCUCAUGAACAGCUCCGCCCAAAAUCUAACUUUUACAAAAGUACAGAUAAUAAGAGGACAGUUUACAUAGCCUUCUACCUAUGUGUAUAGAAGUAGGUUUAAGCUUUGUACAUUGUAAUGGUGUCAUUUUUAAAUCAGGUUUGGUUUCAG